UGGAGUUGACAAAAUCACCCGCCCCGCCCCAAAAAUGUUGUGGUACUAGCCUACCAUACAACCGAUGGCAGCAGGGAAACUUUGGUGCUGUCAAGAUACCACGCAAUAGUGAUCCGAAAAUCUUCUUUGAAAGUCCAAUGAUCAGGGUUUCCUGGUGUUUGUCCUGUUACGCGCGCAGUAAGAUCGAUCAGCAGAGAAUAAUAGGACGAAGCAGACAAGGACAAUUCAUGCAUUGAUUGUAUAUUCCCCUAUUGCACUUUAUAACGAGAGGUUUCUGGUGAGUUAGUUUUAAUCAUGUCCGAACAACGAAUAUUUGUAAGCCCUUUCCACAGACCGCACUGCUUGGCUGCUGCAGCCCCAGCUGGGAAGGCAAAGCUAACCCAUCCAGGCAAAGCUAUUUUAGCUGGUGGGAUUGCUGGAGGCAUUGAAAUCUGUAUCACUUUCCCCACUGAGUAUGUGAAGACCCAGCUACAGUUAGACGAGAAAGCCAAUCCACCACGUUACAAAGGCAUUGCGGACUGUGUGAGGCAGACGGUUCAGGGUCAUGGGGUCGGAGGCCUGUACAGAGGCCUCAGCUCGCUGUUGUAUGGGUCCAUCCCGAAAGCAGCUGUCCGGUUCGGGGUGUUUGAGUUCCUCAGUAAUAAAAUGCGGGAUGAGUCUGGCAAGCUGGACAGCAUGAGAGGUCUCCUCUGUGGCCUGGGGGCGGGGGUGGCAGAGGCUGUGGUAGUGGUUUGCCCGAUGGAGACUGUGAAGGUAAAGUUCAUUCAUGAUCAGACGUCAGGAAACCCAAAGUACAGAGGCUUCUUCCACGGGGUCAGGGAAAUCGUUAAAACUCAAGGUCUUAAAGGAACAUAUCAAGGGCUGACGGCAACUGUACUGAAACAGGGAUCCAAUCAGGCUAUUCGAUUCUAUGUAAUGACUGCGCUAAGGAACUGGUACAAAGGUGACGAUCCCAACAAGACCAUGAACCCUCUGAUUACCGGGGCUUUUGGUGCUAUAGCGGGAGCAACCAGUGUGUUUGGCAACACGCCUCUGGACGUCAUCAAAACCAGGCUGCAGGGUCUGGAGGCACAUAAGUACAAGAGCACCUUAGACUGCGCCAUCAAGAUCAUGAAGCACGAAGGACCUGCAGCGUUCUACAAGGGGACUAUCCCGCGUCUGGGCCGAGUGUGCAUGGAUGUGGCCAUCGUGUUCAUCAUUUACGAGGAGGUGGUCAAGGUUCUUAACAAAGUCUGGAAGACAGAGUGAGGCUGGCUCGGCUGAACGAGAUUGGCUGAGCAAGUUGAUCCUGCGAUGUCUGAUUAGCCUGUCAGGGACAGUGGUGGCUGAGGCCUUAUAUUACUCAUGAGACUUUGCUGGAGUCCUGUUUACCAUCUCUCAGGCUGCAAUAUUGUGUACUUCCCUAAGGAACACUUUUCCCAAUCGAAUGUGAUAACAGACCUACAGAGUAUACUUGAAACGGAAAAGCUAAUAAAUGUUUAGUGUAGGUCUCUAUUCAGAGCACAUUUUAAAACUGUAAUAUAUGUAAGACAGAUGUAGAUUUUAGAAGGCGAUGUGGUAAAUGUGGCAAAUGCUGGGAGUGACUAAAGACUAAGCCUUUAUCAGUAUAUUGUUGCUAAUUAUGUAUUGCUAAAACUCACUGACAAAUUAUAUUUUAAUCAGAAAUGUAUUUCUUUAAAAAAAAAAGUAUGAUUUUUUUGUUCAUGGAAUUUUAUCCAUUGUAUGUAUAGUAAUUUGAAUUACCUUCAUUUUAAUGCUGACAGAAGUAGUGACAGCCAAAGAUAUGCUCAGCUGCAUAACUCCUUAAAUAUAGAUCAGGGGUUCAACAUUUCCUCCAAAACACUGGUAAAACCUCUUAGUUAGACGUUCCUGGACAGAAUACACAAAUGGUUGAAGUGCCUGCACGUAUAUGCAUACAGCAUAAGUUAAUGUUUCAUGCACCCACAGAUUUUUUUUUCCAUUAUUACUAUUAUUUUAAUAUUUUUGUAUAGGUGUUUCACCUGGAAAAGAUCCAUGCAAGCUCUCAUGAAAUACUUAGAACAAAAAAUUCCUUCUAGUGCCUCAAAGCAGAGCAAAACUGUUCCUUAGGCAAGACCUUGUUAGUUUCUCAUUCCUUCAUAGUUCUCAUUCCUUCAUAGUAACACAUCCUUGUCCCCAAAGCUACAGUAGACUAGAAGCCUAUGUUUCGGUAGCUUCAUUUAACUCACUUUUUUUACGCAACAGCAGCCUCCAACAUGUCGUUUUGUGUGUAUGGGCUCAUCACUCUUGCAUUUUUUGCCAUUUCAUUUAGACAGAUGUUUGAAAAUGGACCUGUUUGUAUCUACAGAAUUUGAAUUUGUUCAAGAGACCCUUGCAAAAGAACCAAAGCUUUCAGUCUUUAAAAAUAGAUGUAUACACAAGAUUGUCUCAUGGUAGGAGCACUUACUCGUUCAUUCUCAGGGUGCCUAAUUGAAUCCCCAUUCUAUCUUUUUAUCUAUUCCUUACAAGUCUUUCAUGCAGUUCCCUUUUUUAGAGCCAAUUUAUGUUUUGCAGUAUUGUGAAAAUUAGUCAUGAUUCACAAACCCACAACGCCUUAAUAUUCGCAAAACUAGUGUCAGCUGUCAGCACUGAGGCAUUUUCCUCCUACCUCAAGACGUCCAUAAUAGACAUGUCCAUGUUAAAUAAACGUGAACGUGGAUUAGGAGUGCAGCAAAACGAUUACCUGGUACCAUGGUGCACUGAGUUAAUCGGUUUCAAAGCCUCAACCGUAGGUCUUCGCUCAUUUAAUGUAGGCCUACAGUAUAUUGAAAUGCAUGCAUUUUGUUGGUCAUUUUGUUAUACUGGAGAUAAUUAUUAUAUGCAAAGUGCUGACAUUGACUAACAGCUACAUGUGAUGUUUUUUGCUUUCACACUGUAUUGGACCACCAGAGCUACAACACAACUGGUGUUACAUUUUGUUGCAUCAUCCAGAGCUUUUUUUUCAUCCAUGUGUCUUCAUGUCUGAAUGUAUUUCUUUUUAUUCAAUUGUUCUGUUAAGUACAUUUUACAGAUUGUUAAUAGCUAAAGACUUCUGUUAUGGUACGACAAAUCAGUGUCAUAUGCAUUUUGUUGUCUACUGCAUUUUGUUGUCUUUGUACUUUGCAUCUACUCUGCACAACGACAAAGUUGAAUAUAAUCUAAUCAAAAAUGUCAAUACCAUAAGGGCAAGCUUUGUUGGUUUCACUUGUUACAGACCUGUUUGCCAAUACCCUUGUUGCUCUUAAACUUAAAAAAAAAAAAAAAACUGAACUGGAAUGUUUUCCCAAAAAGAAAUAUGCUCAUGAACAUCUUUGAAAGUCAUUACUCCUGCUAUGUUGUUUAAUAUAGGCAUAUAGGAAUUAUGUCUUAAUGUGAUCCUUAAUCAAUGCACACCUUAAAAUCUUCACUGUCAGUUAAUGCAUACAUGUAUAAUGUCAUUCUUUGUGAGUGCAGAUCGCCAUGUGAUGUGCCUUCAAUAUUUUCAUUCUCAUUGCCAAUAAACACCGAAAUGAUUAGGGGGGAAA